AUGUCGGAUAUCGUUCCUCACAUCUUUGGUGUUUCCGAUGCGGAUUUCUUCCAGUUGUACCAGUUACAUUUGGCUAGUACCUUAUGGCUGCCCGAAGUAUGGGCCGACGGCAGCAUUUUUCGUCAGCUGGCCGAAGAACUACCGUUGGAUGCAUUGCCCCCUGCCACCCCAGUCCAAGAUGAUACUAUGUCGACUGAAGAUAUCACGCCCUCAGACGAUGCCACGGCCGCAGUCGAAGAUGCAACUGCUACACCCGCCACGCCCACGAGCAAUAACGAUUACGGCCCUUCUUACAUUUUCAACGAAUAUGGAUAUCGAAUUGAUCACGGUUUCGCUUCCAACACAAUGUUGGCCUAUGCCGAACCUCAGACUGGCCUAAAACUACUCAAGGACCACGAUUGUGUUUCAACAGGAACCAAGCUCUUUGUUCUAGUCGACGUGCGAGCCAAGAACAAGUGGAGAUACACAUGGGCUGUCACGUUCUCCGCCCAGAACCCGUUCAAUGCACUCAACCGUGAGGGAGUCUUUCAAUCCAGCGCCGGCCAGCGCACCGAAGCAUGCGUGCAUGCGUUUUGUGAAGCGAUCAACUCAAUCAUCGACUUUGUCAACAUGGACCACAAUGCGAAGCCACGUAUCUCGAAUUUUUACGUGCGCGUCCCUCAGUCUUAUGGAUCCACGCAUGCACUCAACAAGUCUUUUCGCGAGGUGGAGCAAGGGAUAAUUUUAGGAGAGGAUGCGCCAGAAUGGCGCAAAAAGACGUAUGGUGCACUUGCGAAGACCUUAGUUCGGAUGCGAAAGCUAAGGGCUCAAGGGUUUAAUGUUAUGUUGUGGCAGAGGAGGUAG